CAUGCUCUAAAAAUCAAUGGAAAAAUAUCCUCGGGUGAAGAUUAACAAUAACAACAAGAUAGUGCACCAGGACCAGCACACUGGCUGGGCGUUGACAGGAUGAAGGGGCUGUGGCAUCAAGAAGGUUUUCUUGGGGUGGGAAAGACGUGGGAUUUGAAUGUGAUGGGAGGAGCUGGUGAAAAGGUCCAGCAGGCAUCUGCUGUGGGUCCCAGAAGUGCCCACACCCUCCCUCAGGGGGGAGAGUUCCCUCUAACGUGAGGGCCUGUGGGUCCACACACUGGUCCAUCUGGGGAAGCGUAGGGGCGUUUAGGAUUUAGAAGUCGUUCUUCCUACCAUGCCUGACUUGGGCUUGCAUUUCUUGAAGCGACAUGGUAGGCGUUGGGCAGUCGGGGAAACAAAGGCCUUGUUCUGCUGGGGACACCCCACUUGUCACUCGCACCCAGUGCUGUGAUGCUGAGCCAGGAGCGCAGCAUCGGGGCAAAAGGGAUGGAAGACACGCUGGUUCCUGUUUUGGGCCAUGAUCCUUCUCUGGAGGGUCAGGAAGCGACCCGUCUGUUGCCUUGUGGCUUCGGAAAAGCAGGACCAAGACCGUUGGAGCCAGGAAAUAGCACAGAGCUAAGCUACUUGAGCGGGUGAGGGAAGAGCAUCUCGGUGGGGUCCUGUUGGGAGGGCUUCCCAGAGGCCCCGCUGACUGUGUGGCUGGCAUCUGGCUCUGGCAGGACUCUGUGAGCCACAGGCCUGCCUGUGAUUGGUCCAGACGGCCCCUGUGCUCUGGUGGGGGGGUCUUCAGUUACGUCCAGUAACGGUCAGUGUCAGACACUCUGCACUGUCUGUGCAGGACAGGGCUGUGCCACCCGGGCCCUUUCCACCAGGGCAGCCUCCAACCGCCAGCCUGUGGGAGCUGCUGGAGCUUCUGGGGCUGGGACCAUCGUGGCUCCAAGCUGGGCUCCCUCUGUCCUCACUGCCCCUUCCUCCCUCAAGUGUGUGGCCCAGGGCACCAGACACCUGCCCAGGUUUAGGCUGAUCAGCCAGCCUCAGAGCCUGGCUGGGCCUGGAGUCGGGAAGUCGCCUGGUCCGAGGUCCAGGGUGACGGGGUGGUGCGGGCGGCUGCACAGUCACUCAGAGUAAAGACGACGUCCCCACUGGGCCUGUGGACUCCCAUGGUAUGAAUGGGAUACCCCCUCGGCCCAAUAUUCUGGCUGUUCCUAGAAGGUGCCAGAACCAUCCUGUCUCAGGCCUGGUCCUGUGUGUUCCUUGGCGGGGCAGGCCUCCCCAUGAGCGUGACGGGCCCCCCACCUAGGCUUUGCCUGGCCCCACCUCCCUCGUCCGUCCCUGGUGUGAGGUGUCUGCCGUGCACCCUGGUCUGGGCACCCCCAGCAAGUCUGCGGGUGGCAGUGGGCAGGGCGCCGCCUCUUUAAGGCGACAUCACAAGGCUGCGGAAGGUGGGGCCCUCGUGGAACUCUGGUCUGGGCUGUUUCUGUGGCGUCGUGGCUCUGGAUUUCCAUCUCCAUGGGGCCACAGGCCCACACGUGAGCAAGGCGUCCUGGUCAUGGCCGAGGGGAACGAGCUGAUGAACAGGCUCAUGAGCGAGAACGCCGACCUCAAGAAGCAGGUGCGGCUGCUCAAGGAGAACCAGAUGCUCAAGCGCCUGCUGAGCGAGAGCUGCCAGGAGAGCUGCGGCCGCAGCAGCCGGGACCUCCUCUUCCCCAAGGCACCGGCCUACCCCGAGGACUGCUCCCCCACGACUGCAGUUCCAGAUAUUGGAAGGUUCACCAGCAUCCCUGAGGUGCCCUCCCAGCUGCAGACAUCCUCCCUGGAGGACCUGCUGUGCUCGCACGCCCCCCUCUCCAGAGAAGAUGACCCUUCUCCAGGCUGUGUGACUUCCUCCCAGGUGUCCUUCAAGGCUUUCCUCAGCCCCCAGGAGCUGCACACGUCGCGAAGCACUGACAGGAAGCUGUGCCCACUCCUGAACCCCUUGCAGGACCCACUGGAGCCCAGGGAGGUGACCCGGCCCAAGAAGGUGUGCUUCUUAGAGAACAAUCUGCCCUCGGGAGACAGGACCAGGAGGAGCUACUACCUUAAUGAGAUCCACAGCUUCAGCAGCUCGGAGAAGGACGGGCGCAUCGUCGGGGAGAUCGCCUUCCAGCUGGACAGGCGCAUCCUGGCCUACGUCUUCCCCGGGGUGACCCGGCUCUAUGGCUUUACCGUGUCCAACAUCCCUGAGAAGAUCAAGCAGACGUCCAUCAAGUCCCUGGACGGCUCUGUGGAUGAGAAGAAGCUGCGGGAGCUGACACACCGCUACCUGACGCUGAUGGCGCGCCUGGAGAAGCUGGGCUACAACCGCGAGGUGCACCCCGUGUUCAGUGAGUUCCUCAUCAACACCUACGGCAUCCUGAAGCAGCGGCCCGACCUGCGCGCCAACCCGCUGCACAGCAGCCCGGCCGCCCUGCGCAAGCUGGUCAUCGACAUCGUGCCCCCCAAGUUCCUGGGCGACUCGCUCCUGCUGCUCAACUGCCUGUGCGAGCUCUCCAAGGAGGACAGCAAGCCGCUCUUCGCCUGGUGAGCCCGGGCCCCAGCACCCGCCGCGCCUUUCCUGCAAUAAACGUGUUUGUUCCAAACCCGGGGGCCGCCGUGCCUCCUGUGAGUCCCCUCCAGCGGGGGAAGGGCCAUGUCCGCCGAGGGAGAGCCCAGGGCCACAGGCGGGCACGCUGCGCAAGAGCAGGCACCUUCAUGGACCAGCGGGGCGCACCCAGCGCCCACAGGCCCGCCAGCGCCCACACCUGCGGGCACUUGUCACACUUUAUUAAAAUCAUCUGUUUACUUGUUUA